GCGGCAGCGGCGCCGCCUCAGGGCUGCCUCAGGGGGUGGCGGAGCCGGGGGGGGGGGUGGUCCUCGGGCGGCUCCCCCACAGGGGUCGGGGGGCGAGGGGCUCGCUGCGUGAGGGGCUGUGGGCAGGAGGAGGGUGAAAACGGUGGGAAAUAAAGUUUCUGUGCGGUGGAGCCCUUCAGAGGGGUGUGCCGGGUGCUCCCCAGGAGGUGGGUUGGGUUUUGGGGUCCCCUGAGGCUCAGGGUUCGCUCAGCAGGCUGAGGGGGAGGGAGAUGUAAAGUAGUGUUAGUCGAUGGUUGCUGCAGGGUUACACCUCGGAAGGGUAAGAAGAAAGCUCGCUUGGAGGUCUGGGCAGCAGGUGUUUGUUUUAAUGACUGGAAAAGUGGAAUUAUCAAUAGCAUAGGGAGUUAAAACACAGCGGUUCUUGUUCAGGAGCAAUGCCAGCACCAGCUACACCUCAGAGCAGCAAAGUUGAGGCACCUGUGGCCACCAGCACAGGUAAAAGCAGCAGGCCCAAGGCACCUUUGUUGCUAGACUCUGCUAAAACCACUGGGGUCAAGGUGCUGGCAGCCACUAGGGUGUUGAACCCUCAGGAUUUUGUGCACGUUCAGGCUUUGCCUGGCAUUGCUCAGAAAGAAGGGAAGGUCUUGGCCAGAAGCAGGACGAUUUACAGAAGCAGUGAGCCUCCAAGAAAACAAGUGUUCUGGGAAAACUACCACAGGAGGCAAAAGCAAUUCACGCAGGGACACUUCACCCCCAUGGGGAAGCCAUACCAGGAGCUUGGCGAGAUUCUCUACACAGACCCAAAGAAACUCACCCUCUAUUCCUUGGGACAGCUCACACAGGAACCAGCUAAUGAAGAUGUGCGGGAAAAACCAUGCAAAGAAGUAGCUAAGGUUCCUACUAAUGAGUACUCUUUCAAUCCAAAGUCUGAUACACCGGAAUCAGUGAAGAGACUCGCCUCAUUUAGAGAAACAGGAAAGGAGCUGAGGACUCUUAGUAAAGCUUUAGCUCAGUCAAGGCGUCAUGUCAAUGCUGUGAAGCAAGGUGGAGCAUACUUCCAUAUACUUCACCAAGAAUCACUGGAGAGGAAGAACACACUGACCGAACAGGAGGCUCAGGGCACGAGAUGGGAAACUGAUUUCCAGCUGCCCACAUAUUUCUCGGAUCCAGAGGAGUCAGAGGAAGAAAUAAGCAUUUGUUCUCUAACAGAAGGCAACCACUUGAAGAAGUCAUGGAAGAAGAAAAAAAAGAUGACCUUACGGUCUUUCACUCCUGCUUAUACCAGUGUCCUGAUUCCAAGACCCCCGGAAGCAAAAAGUGAACAUCUUUUCCGACAACUGUGUGCCAUACACUGGCUUUUGGAAGCUUUGACCCUUGAAUCCAACAGUUCGAUGCAUUCCAUAUUAACCUGCUGGAAUCCAAUCCCUGCAGAAGCUGUCCAGAUACCACAUGGCGACACGUCAAAAGAUGUCCCUAAACAAGAAGAUAUGGUUGAGAAGACUGGACUGCAGAGCUGCCAUAUCAGCUCUUUCAUUAAAAGAAAAUCUAAUCUGUGGGCUGAUACGAGGCAAAAGUUCGCAGAAAUCCGUGAAGAAGCAGCUUGUUGUUUACAUGACACCCUAGAGAGCCUUGAGAGGAGCCAGGAAGAGCGAUGCUCUCAAAAAUACCAAGCUUUGAAACGAUUGAAGUAUUUUAAAAAAGACAUGGAAAGACUAAGACAGCUGGACGUGAGAACUGAAAGAGAACAUGUUGAAGAUGAAAUAAAAUGGUUUCCUGUAUUGCUGGCCAGACUCCCAGAGUCUGUGAAGAAUGACCAUUACGUGAAGAAAAUCUUAAAGAAACUGGAAAAAUUUGGCAUGACUCCUGAUUUAAAAAUUCAUCCUGAUACCUUUCUUAAGGCUUUGACUGAUCUACAGGUGUGGGAACUGUGUUCUCCAGAAAUUGCUGCAGCUGUGGAGUUUGUACGUGAAACUAUUGUGCAGAUGCCAGAAGAGGAUUUCAGUGAGUGGUUUUGGACAAGAGUAGCCCCUCUCAGUGCAUAGGCCUCUACCUUUUAAUCAAAUGGCCAGAUGAGUGUUUUCCAGCUACAACUGUCUGGAUUCAAACAGAAAACCUACUGUCUGUUGAGAUUUGCCUCAAGGAAGGCUGGGGAACAAAUUAACUUCAGGAAGUCCUAUUGACCACUCUUGCACACCCUGUACAGUGCUCAGCUGGCCAAGGUCAGCCACAGAAAAUAAAAGCUCAACACUGUUGCUCCUUCCUGUAUGAUGUCUUGGACUCACCACCAAACUAUAAUCUCACCUAACUUUUUAGGAUGAAGACUGAGUUCCUAAUCACAGGCCAGGUGGCUUCUUCAAACAUUUCUCCAACAUUACCUACAGCAUAGCAAACAUCUCCUCAUUACAGAUAUACCCGUUGUCAUAUCUAAAUAGCAUUGUUUCUGAUUGCUCUUCAUUUUACCUACUAUUUACAAAACAUAACUCAAACGUAGGGAGGUUGUAAGCUUUAAGAUGAUUGGGUUUUGCUCAAAUUACUUUCUGAAAUCUGGAUAUUUUAUUUUUCCAUUGAGUUUAUUUUGUAGUUACUCUGUGAUUAUGGCUUAAUUUCAUGCCUUAUUAAAAUCACUAUUGAAAAAACUGGCAUCCUUAGGUGCAUUUUCCAAGUUUUUACCUGAAGAUGUGCUUUCUGCUGAUUACUUUAGUGUAUAUUUUCCAUUACUCUGCUGGGUAAGACAGUAGAAUGGCACCCCUGAACUUGGAGACAGUGAUAAUUCAGGAGCUCUGUGAAUCUCUUUGGGCUUAACCAUCUAUUUUGUGGUGGGUCACAGUUAUGGUAAUGGAAUCAAUGACCUUCUAAGCUGAUGAUCUUUAUGAGCUGCCUACCUGCCUGUCAAAACUUCCCGAAGGCCCAUGGGCCAGAAAGGCUGUUAAUCCUUCAGCUGCAAUAAGGAAAAACACUGCCAACUCAGGAGUCAUGUAAUGGAAGAGACUCCUCCUCUAGAAAGUAGAUCAUAUUUUCUCCUCCUCUGGCACCAUCCUAAUGAAACAUUUUCUGCUGCUUUUAUUCUGAGGUGGGAAAGAGCUUCUCUGUA